AUGGCGAUCGAUAAACUCCAAAGCUUCGCGGAGAAGCCCCGCGUCUUCAUUCUCAGCGAUAUUUCGAACGAGCCCGAUGAUGCCGAGAGUCUAUGCAGAUAUCUCUUGUACGCGAACCAGUUCCAGACCGAGGGACUGGUUGCGUGCACGAGCACAUGGAUGAAGAACAAGGUGUGCCCUCAGGACAUGCACAAGAUCAUAGACGCGUAUGAGGGCGCUGUCGGGAAUCUAAAUAAGCACGCACAUCCAGACGCGCAGUACCCAAGCGCAGAAUCGCUUAGAGGACUGAUCAAGAAAGGCGCCGAGACAUACGGCAUGACUGCUGUCGGCACAGACAUUCCCCUCUCUGAAGGCGGCGAGCUUCUUCUUGAACGUAUCCUCGCGCCCUCCCUCCAGCCUCUCUGGAUCCUUUGCUGGGGUGGCACCAACGUGCUCGCGUCCGUUCUCCUCAAGAUCGACGAGCAAUACACACCCGAAGACUCGGCACGGCUGCUCUCCCGCUUGCGUGUCUAUGCUAUUUCCGACCAAGACGACACGGGCGCUUGGAUUCGCAACAAUUUCUCAGACAUCUUCUACAUUGCCUCCGUGCAUGGUUGGAACCAGUACGGCAUGGCGGCCUGGACCGGAAUAAGUGGCGAGAAAUAUUAUGGAUUUGACCAGGGCGGACCAGACUUCAGCAAGAUGGAGAAGAGCUGGAUCAAGGAGAAUGUCCAGAUCGGACCGCUGGGAAGCGCGUAUCCAGAUUACAUGUUCAUCCCAGAAGGCGAUACGCCGACGUUCCUGUAUCUCAUUCAGAACGGACUGGGAAGUUCAGAGUUUCCAGACUAUGGCUCUUGGGGUGGACGGUAUGCCAGAACCGACAUCAGUGCGGCUGGGCUCAACAGCAAUCACUACAGCGACGCUGUGGAUCGCGUCAAAGGCUUGGAUGGAAGGAUACACACGAGCAACCAUGCGGCAAUCUGGAGAUGGCGGAAUGCGUUCCAGGAUGACUUCGCUGCGCGUAUCAAAUGGACGAUGGAGCCCGACUUCGGCAAAGUGAACCAUCACCCCGUGGUCGCUGUCAAUGGCGAAUUUGGUCUACAGCCACUGCGCCUGGAAGCUGAAGCUGGCGAGACCAUUACACUGGAUGCGUCCACAUCGUACGAUCCGGAUGCGAACGACAAACUGACUUUCAAAUGGUGGCACUACCGCGAACCGACGGCUACACAGUGGUGGGUUGACGCCGAGGUGUCUGAACUCAAUAUAAAGCCUUUGGAUGAGAACAGCACUAAAAUCCAAGUCACGCUGCCAGCGGCCGAGAAGUGCGCUGUAGAGCUCAUGAGCAGACAGCCGGUCGCGAAAGGCCAGCUGCUCCAUCUGAUACUGGAGGUCACGGAUGAUGGGACGCCGGCAUUGACGACGUAUCGAAGGGUGGUGAUACAGGCGACGAAUAAGGAUCUGAAGGGAGGAGGCAAAGGCGCGGAUGCUAUCGGGGAUAUAAUGGCUGCGCACUCGUAG